AAAAAGAAGAAGAAGAAGAAAAAGAAAGCGCACCCAGGUAGACAGUCAUAGAGAAAAAGCGAUGGAGAUGGCAGAUUUGUUUACCCUCUCAGACUCCAAAGCAAAAGCACUCGCACACAAAAGCUCCCCACCCCCACAAAACCAAACAAAACAAGAACCAAUCACCUCCGCCGCCACCACCCCAAUUCCUUUCUUGCUUUGAGAGCAAACCCACUUUGCCCCACUCUUCUCCCAAAGUAUCCUACUUCCCUUCCUUUCCUUGUCUACAUAAAACCCUUAAAAAAUGACACCUCUUACUUACACCAAACCAGCCCUAACGCCGGAACCAGUGAUCAGUAUUGGCGGAGCUCUUCGGAAAUGGCUAGCUCCAGCGGGACCAAGCCCGAUUCGGGGCCGAAGAGGUCGCUGUCGAGAGGGAUGACGAGAAUGGCUACUAGAGUUGUGGACUUCCCGACGGAGGGCGACGACACUUUGGACAGUAAAGAUGUGCCCUCGUGUCUUGCUUCUAUUGCUCCCAUUUUCCGGGUUGCCAAUGAGAUUGAGAAGGAUAAUCCGAGGGUUGCCUAUCUCUGCCGCUUCCACGGAUUUGAAAAGGCGCAUACCAUGGACCCAACAUCAAGUGGACGUGGAGUUCGUCAGUUUAAAACUCAAAUUUUGCACAGACUUGAAAAGGAAGAGAAAGAAACAAAACAUCAGCUUGCUAACUCUGAUCCAAAAGAAAUCAUGAUGUACUACCACCAAUUCUAUGAGAAAAAUAUCAGGGAUGGAGAAUAUACAAAGAAACCGGAAGAGAUGGCCAGGAUUUGUCAGAUUGCAACUGUACUGUAUGAUGUGCUCAAGACAGUUGUACCUAUCGCUCAGAUAGACAAAAAGACCCAGAAAAUUGCUCAAGAUGUCAAGAGGAAAAGGGAGCAGUAUGUGAACUAUAACAUUCUUCCGUUAUAUAAUGUCGGGGUUAAACCAGCAAUUAUGGAACUUCCUGAGAUCAGAGUAGCGCUCCUUGCUCUACAGAAUGUGAAUAAUCUUCCAAUGCCAAAAAUGCAUUUUCAACCCACGAAUCCUGAUGACAAGUCAUCAAUGCCAACAGAGAGGAUUAAACCUGUGAAUGAUAUACUCGAUUGGCUUGCUGCUAUUUUUGGGUUUCAGAAAGGAAAUGUGGCAAAUCAGAGGGAACAUUUACUAUUAUUGCUUGCAAACAUUGAUGUGAGGCGCCGUAGAAGUCUUGAGAACUACACUGAGUUGAAUAGUGCCACUGUACAGCUUUUGAUGGAGAAAUUUUUUAAGAAUUAUCGUUCAUGGUAUAACUAUCUGCAUUGUAAAACAAAUCUUCGGUUCCCUGAAGGUUCUCAAAGACAACAAUUGGAACUCAUAUACAUUGCUCUCUAUCUUCUCAUAUGGGGUGAAGCUUCAAAUGUCCGAUUCAUGCCUGAAUGCUUAUGUUACAUCUUCCAUAAUAUGGCAAACGAGGUUUACGGAAUUUUAAAUAGCAAUGUUCAUCAUGUUAGUGGAGAGACAUACCAAACAGCAGCACGUGAUGAAGAAUCUUUUUUAAAUGAUGUUAUUACUCCUAUCUACCAGGUUGUGUACAAGGAAGCAAAGAGAAACAAAAUGGGCAAGGCAAGUCACUCAAGUUGGAGAAAUUAUGAUGAUCUGAACGAAUACUUCUGGUCGGACAAAUGUUUUAAGCUAGGGUGGCCAAUGGAUCCUAAAGCAGAUUUCUUUAGGCAUUCGGAUGGCACACAACCAGCAAAUGAGAGGACCAAUCAACCUACUGGUGGUGGGAGGAAGCCUAAAACAAAUUUUGUGGAAGUCCGGACCUUUCUGCACCUCUACAGAAGCUUCGAUCGAAUGUGGAUAUUCUUCAUAUUGGCUUUACAGGCUAUGAUUAUUAUUGCAUGGAGUCCUUCUGGAUCUGUCACUUCAAUAUUUGAUGCGGAUGUCUUUAGAAGUGUUUUAAGCAUCUUCAUGACGUAUGCUUUCCUCAAUUUAUUACAAGCUACCUUGGACAUAGUUCUCAGUUUGAAUGCAUGGAAGAGCUUGAAAUUCACCCAAAUACUACGAUACCUUCUGAAGUUUGCAGUAGCUGUUGUCUGGGCUGUGGUUCUGCCUAUUGGUUAUUCAAGUUCUACGCAGAAUCCUACAGGGUUACUGAAAUUCUUCAGUAGCUGGACUCGGGAUUGGCGUAGUCAAUCAUUUUAUAGUUAUGCUGUUGCAAUCUAUAUGGUUCCUAAUAUAUUGGCUGUUAUGCUAUUUUUUCUUCCACCUUUACGGAGACACAUAGAGCGUUCCAACUGGCGCAUUGUCACUCUUCUUAUGUGGUGGGCUCAGCCCAAACUGUAUGUCGGAAGAGGAAUGCAUGAGGAUGUCUUCUCACUGCUGAAAUAUACGUUGUUCUGGAUCAUGCUGCUAAUCAGUAAGCUAGCGUUCAGCUACUAUGUGGAGAUAUUACCGCUUGUUGCGCCAACAAAGUUGAUAAUGGAUAUGCCUAUCACUAAUUAUCAAUGGCAUGAGUUCUUUCCAAAUGCAACUCAUAAUAUUGGUGUUGUCAUUGCGAUAUGGACUCCAAUUGUGCUGGUAUAUUUUAUGGAUGCACAAAUAUGGUAUGCAAUAUUUUCUACACUGUUCGGUGGAAUUCGUGGAGCCUUCAGCCAUUUGGGGGAGAUACGAACACUUGGAAUGUUGCGGUCCAGAUUCAAUAAUGUGCCUACAGCUUUCAGUGAUCGGCUUAUGCCAUCAUCAGAAAACAGGGAUACCAAGAAGAAGAAACACUUGGACGAAGAACUUGUUCGAAAGAACAUUGCUAACUUCUCUCAGGUCUGGAAUGAAUUUAUAAAUUCUAUGCGAAUGGAAGACCUGAUCAGCAAUAGGGAUAGAGAUCUGCUGCUUGUUCCGUAUUCUUCAAAUGAUGUUUCUGUUGUCCAGUGGCCUCCUUUCUUGCUUGCUAGCAAGAUUCCGAUAGCUUUAGACAUGGCGAAGGAUUUUCCUGGGAAGUCAGAUGAUGAUUUAUUCGAGAAGAUUAAGAUUGAUGAUUAUAUGUACUCGGCAGUGAUUGAAUGCUAUGAGACACUCAGGGAUAUUAUAUAUAACCUUCUUGAAGACAAUGCCGAUAAGAUGAUUGUAGAUCAGAUAUGUUCUGAAGUAGACAUUAGCAUACAUGAACAGAGGUUUUUGUCUACUUUCCGAAUGAGCGGGCUGCCACUUCUUAGUGAGAAGUUGGAGAAGUUUCUCAAACUCUUGCUAGCUGAAGAUGAGAAUGCCGAAAAUUCCUUACGUCAGAUAAUAAAUGUCCUUCAAGAUAUCAUGGAGAUUAUAACACAGGAUGUAAUGCUCCAUGGUGAUGAGAUCAUUCAAGCAGCUCACUCCGUAGAGGGUGAUGGCAAGAAGGACCAAAGGUUUCAAAAAAUCAAAAUAUUCCUUGCACAAAAUUCAACUUGGAGAGAGAAGGUUGUUAGGCUUCAUUUGCUUUUGACCGUCAAGGAAUCUGCCAUCAAUGUACCCCAAAACUUGGAUGCUCGCAGGCGCAUUACGUUCUUUGCAAACUCCUUAUUCAUGAACAUGCCAAAUGCUCCCAAAGUUCGUGACAUGCUCUCCUUUAGUGUUCUGACUCCUUAUUACAAAGAAGAUGUUCUGUAUUCUGAUGAUGAACUUAAUAAGGAAAAUGAGGAUGGAAUCUCAAUUUUGUUCUACCUGCAGAAGAUAUAUCCUGAUGAAUGGACAAAUUUCCUGGACCGCAUAAAUGAACAUAAGAAUGAGUACUCUGAAAAGGACAAGUCUGAGUUAAUUCGUCAGUGGGUAUCAUACAGGGGGCAGACACUUUCUAGAACAGUGAGGGGAAUGAUGUACUAUAGGAAGGCUCUAGACCUUCAAUGUGUCCUGGAAACAGCAGGCGAUGAUGGUGUUUGUGGAGGCUAUCCCCAGAUUUUAAGUGAAAAAGAUGAAAUAGAUUUCCUUGGUCGGGCACAAGCUCUGGCAGAUUUGAAGUUCACAUAUGUAGUUUCUUGUCAGAUCUAUGGUGAACAGAAGAAUUCGACUGAAAGUCGAGACAAAAGUUGUUAUAUAAAUAUUCUCAAGAUGAUGCUAACGUAUCAUUCUCUACGGGUUGCUUAUAUAGAUACAAGAGAGGGGCCGGUGAAUAAUGGAAAACCACAAAAAAUUUAUUUUUCUGUUCUGGUUAAGGGAGGUGACAAAUGGGAUGAGGAAAUAUACCGCAUCAAGCUUCCAGGUCCUCCAACAGUAAUUGGUGAAGGAAAACCCGAAAAUCAAAACCAUGCCAUCAUCUUUACUCGUGGAGAGGCCCUGCAAACCAUUGACAUGAAUCAGGAUAAUUAUUUUGAGGAAGCUUUCAAAAUGAGAAAUGUAUUGGAGGAAUUUCGAAAGCCUCGACGGGGGAUGCGCUUUCCUACAAUAUUGGGUCUAAGGGAACAUAUAUUUACCGGAAGUGUUUCAUCACUCGCUUGGUUCAUGUCCAAUCAAGAGACUAGUUUUGUCACUAUAGGCCAACGAAUUUUGGCAAAUCCCCUGAGGGUACGGUUUCAUUAUGGCCAUCCUGAUAUUUUUGACAGACUCUUCCACAUAACACGGGGUGGGAUAAGCAAAGCAUCAAAAGUAAUCAACUUAAGCGAGGAUAUAUUUUCAGGUUACAAUUCUGUUUUGCGUGGGGGUUUUAUAACACAUCAUGAGUAUAUCCAAGUAGGAAAGGGGCGUGAUGUUGGAAUGAAUCAAAUAUCACUUUUUGAGGCUAAAGUUGCAAAUGGAAAUGGAGAGCAGACACUCAGCCGCGAUGUUUAUAGGCUUGGGCGUCGGUUUGAUUUCUAUAGAAUGCUGUCAUUUUACUUCACAACAGUUGGGUUCUACUUUAGUAGUAUGGUUACUGUGCUGACUGUCUAUGUGUUUUUAUAUGGACGUCUAUAUAUGGUUAUGAGUGGAUUGGAAAGUGAGAUCCUAGAUAGCCCAGCCAUACAUCAGACCAAGGCUUUCGAAGAAGCUCUGGCUACUCAGUCCGUCUUUCAACUGGGCUUGUUGCUAGUCCUCCCCAUGGUUAUGGAAAUUGGUCUGGAGAAAGGAUUUCGCACUGCUUUGGGUGAUUUCAUCAUCAUGCAGCUGCAGCUUGCCUCUGUAUUCUUCACUUUCCAACUAGGAACAAAAGCACAUUACUACGGAAGGACAAUCUUACAUGGAGGAUCUAAAUAUCGAGCUACUGGCCGUGGUUUCGUUGUUUUUCAUGCAAAAUUUGCUGAUAACUACAGGCUGUACUCAAGGAGUCAUUUUGUGAAAGGGUUGGAGCUGUUGAUUCUGCUGAUUGUGUAUGGAGUCUACGGGAAUUCUUACAGGAGCUCAAAUCUAUAUUUUUUCAUCACAUUCUCCAUGUGGUUUCUGGUUGCCUCAUGGUUGUUUGCUCCUUUUAUCUUCAAUCCAUCCAGCUUUGACUGGCAAAAAACUGUAGAUGAUUGGACAGAUUGGAAAAGGUGGAUGGGAAAUCGUGGUGGUAUUGGGAUCUCGCCUGACAAAAGUUGGGAAUCUUGGUGGGAUGAAGAGCAGGAACACCUGAAGCACACUAUAAUCCGUGGAAGAAUUCUCGAGAUAAUGCUUGCAUGUCGCUUCUUCAUUUACCAAUAUGGGAUUAUUUACCACCUCGAUAUAGCUCGUUACAGCAGGACUAUACUGCCUUAUGCUCUUUCUUGGGUGGUUUUGGUAACAGUGCUUCUCGUGUUAAAGAUGGUGUCAAUGGGUAGACGAAGAUUUGGCACUGAUUUUCAGCUCAUGUUCAGAAUUCUGAAAGCGCUUCUUUUUCUUGGAUUCAUGUCAGUCAUGACAGUCCUAUUUGUAGUUUGUGGGCUUACUAUCUCAGAUCUGUUUGCUGCUAUCCUUGCCUUCUUGCCCACAGGGUGGGCAAUUCUUCUUAUCGGGCAAGUAUGCAGACCACUGCUUAAGCGAGUAGGAAUCUGGGAAUCAAUCAAGGAGCUGGGAAGAGCAUAUGAUUAUAUAAUGGGAAUAGUAGUCUUCGCCCCGGUUGCCAUUUUGUCAUGGUUCCCAUUUGUCUUAGAGUUCCAAACACGGUUGCUCUUUAACCAAGCAUUCAGUCGAGGUCUGCAAAUUUCAAUGAUUCUUUCUGGAAGGAAAGAUAAGACAACGGCUUCUAAGUAGGGAAAGGAGCUUCAGAUGACAUCUGCUAUGAAGUUCUCGGCAUCAUCUCAGGUCCAUUUCCCAUGCUGGAAAUGAAAUUUUUUCAUGUGAAAAUUCUAGAGCAUCAUAGGAAUUAUUUUUCAUGAGGCUGAUCAAGCAGAGACUUAUAUAUAGGAAGCAUUGGAUAUUUAAUAAUCUCAUGUACAUUAUUCGAAUAGAGGCUCACUUGAUUGCUGCUACA